GCGCUUCAUCUAUGGCUGACGUCAUCCUUGGGCAGGCUGUGGUACGGUGUAACACCUGAAGCGGCUGUGGAGAUGGGUUUUCAGUGAGAAACGAUAGGAUUAUACAUGGUGGAGCGAUUUCUUUCUCCCCACACCUAAAGGUUCUGAUGACAUUAUUAACUGAAGUAUGGAUGGCCACAGUUAUGGAUACUCCAGAGAAUUUUAUGACCAGUAUGUCCAAAGUCAAGACAAAUCUGUUGUUAAUAAAAUGCAGCAGAAGUAUUGGAAGACCAAGCAGACCUUGAUAAAGGUCACUGGGAAGAAGGAAGAUGAACACGUUGUUGCUUCCGAUGCAGAUCUGGAUGCUAAGUUGGAGGUAUUUCAUUCAAUCCAGAGAACAUGUAUGGAGCUGCUUAAAGUUAUUGAGCUUUACCAGAAAAGAAUUUGCUUCUUAUCUCAGGAAGAAAAUGAACUGGGGAAGUUUCUUCGAUCUCAGGGCUCACAAGAUAAAACCAGAGCUGGAAAAAUGAUGCAGGCCACUGGGAAAGCACUUUGCUUCUCUUCUCAGCAGCGGCUGGCACUGCGUCUUCCACUGUGCAGACUGUUUCAGGAAGUAGAGACCUUCAGGUAUAGGGCUAUCUCAGAUACCUGGCUGACAGUGAAUAGAAUGGAACAGUCACGGACUGAAUAUAGAGGUGCACUGUUAUGGAUGAAAGAUGUUUCUCAAGAAUUAGAUCCAGAUCUUUACAAACAAAUGGAAAAAUUUAGAAAGGUGUAAUCAAUUAAUUGAAGUCCUUGUGAUGAACCUUUUAUACUAUACGAGUCUGCAUGUCCUCCCCGCGGUCGAGUGGGUGUUUGAAAGA